AUGAGGUUCUGGUUCGCGAGAGAAUGGCGCAUACCGAAGAUCUUCAUCGGAUUGAUGAUCUUGGAGUUCCCCUUGACUGUAGCAAUGCUUGCGCUCAUGGGCAUCGCGCACCCGAACACAUACCGCACGAAGCUAUGGCAGAAUGGCUUCGAUGCAAAUUUCAACAGCGCGCCCAACUCGAUCCUCUACGACUAUGCGAACUGGAGACCAGCACAUAUUCCUCUCAUAUGGAGCCGCUACAUGACACAGUUCAAUGUUGUCAUAUCCAUCCUCAGCAUGUUCGUUUUACUGGCGAAGAGUGCCAUGUAUGUGAUGCACAUUUUCAUUCCGGCUUUGAGCGUCUUCUGUCAUGCUUUGCUGGUGGCACUAUACUCUGUCAGCGUGUACAACCAAUCCAGACCGGACACGAGCGACAAGGAUCUUCCUUCACUUAGCAUGCCGUGGUAUCUCAGCAAAGGCUGCAAACAUGCAGAGCCAGGCAACAAGGGCUAUUGUCUACAAGCUCGAGCGAGCUUCGCCGUCACAAUUGUCAUGCUCGUCCUCUUCAUAGCAUAUCUUGGCUAUUCAGCAUGGAAUUGUAUUCCAACACAACGCGAGAAGAUCGAACGUGAAGCGGAAUAUCAAUCGAACUUGGAGAUGAAGAAGCUAUCGAUAGAGAAGAAUCGACAACUCUUCCUCAAUCUCCCAAAGACGCCUAACACGCCUGGUUUUGGCGUGCAUAAUCCGAUGACGCCCCGGACAGUGGCGUUCACUCAACUUAAUGGAGGCGUCUCGUCAGCGGGGCCUAGCAGGUCAUUACCAUUCCGAGAGCUGAGCUAUGAGCUGCAGAGCGUGCAGGUGAGAUCGAAAGGAAUGCCUGAUGCCAGAUGA